AUGGCUUGGGCGGCACGUUUAUACACAAGUUUUCGUUUAUUUUCUAAAAAUGCCGUGAACUGCAACGCCAUCGGAGGCAAGAGUCUGGUGGACGGCGUGGCUAUUACAAAAAAUGGCAAAACAAUAGUUGCCUGGCAUCCAGAAACAGCCUUCCCCUACGAACACUCAAAGCCGCUGCCCAAAGUUGUGGAAGCGCAAACCUCUGCGGUGAUCAAGGAAACUGCACUGAAGACGGCGAUGCAGGGAUUCAAGAGGAAGCAUCCUGAAGUGGCACGCUACGAGCUGUCGAAAUUGACACACACCACAAAGCACCGUUGGUUCCCACGUGCUCGCGACAAGAAGGCCAAGAAGACGCCCAUGGAUAGGCCAUACCUGUAAACUGGGUGCAUUGCAUAAUAAAUUCGUUUACGUUUUAAUCCA